AUGCGCAAGAAGCGAGCCUCUGCACUUGCAGCCUGCAUUGACCUGCAUCUCCUGCUUCGAGCGGGGCGUCAUGCCUUGACGGACGCUGCCGUCUCCCUCUCCGUCCUGUUCCUUGCAACGGCGGGCCUGCUGCCGAAGGGCUUACAUCUGGACGCAAUUAAGGACACAUCGCUCAGGUCGGAAGCGCACCGCAAGGAGCUUUCGAUGCGUGGCACCAGGAGCUUUGCGAUUUUCUUAACUCGACUCCCACUGCAGAUCUCUGGAACCGGGAACGAGCAUUGCUGGCGACAGCGGCAGACCGAAGUGCCGGGUUGGAACGUCAGAGGUUGGAAGGCCUUGGAAAAUCCUGGGGGAACGAGCAUUGCUGGCGACAGCGUUGGAACGUCAGAGGUUGGAAGGCCUUGGAAAAUCCUGACCUAA